UCGAAGUCUUGUCGCCCUUUCGCUCUUCCCCCCGAUGCCAGCAGCGUACACGGCCGUCGCGGCGGGGUUACGCGUCUGUAUCCACGCGCUCGCACAGGUCGGUGGGUUUUCUUCCUGGCGCGGUUCUGCUGGCACGGCCGUCGGCGCCGGCGUACAGCGUCGGUGGCGGCGGGUGCGUCCAUAUAUGCGGAGGCCCCGGUGACGCGUCCCGCGGCGGCCUUGGCGCAACGGCGCGAGCGGGGGCUUUCGAGCGGUUUCGUCGUGGGCGACCGUUCGCGGUGGGCGCGGUGGGUCCCCGCGGACACCGCGCGGCGGCGAAGUGCUUCGCGAAGACGCGCGCCCCCGGCCUGGGCGCCCGGAGGGGAAGCACGGCGGCGACGAAGACUACGAGGACGCCGCGAUGGAGCUCCGCAUCGGGCUCGACUACGUGGUGGAGCACCCGGAGUACACCCGCACGCUGGCCACCGCGGCCGCGUCCGGCAACAGCGACCUGCGGCGCCAGGUGUGGGAGCUGCUGGUGGCGCUGUGCGGCCGCGGCGGCGAAGGCACCCGGCGGGCGCUGUCCACGCUCGACCAGCUGGCCACGCUGCGCGCCCAGCGCACCCGGCUGGCCGCCCUCGCGCUGGCCAUCUCGCGCGGCACCGACGACGAGGCGCCGCCGCUGCUGGCGCUCGCCAACAAGGCGCUCAGCGGGCGCGACAGGGCCAGGCUGCGCGCCGAGCUCAGGGCCCGAGGGUCGCAGGUUCCUGCGGGGCUGACGUCUCCUCCUCCCGAAGAGAGCGGAUGGCCGUCGGGUACGUCGGGUCGGCCGGAGACGUUGCAGCAGGCCUGGACGGCCCUCUCGACGAGGGCCUCCGGCAGCGGCAAACGCGAGGCGUACCUACUGCGCGCCCUGCAGCGUCUUCUGGCCGACGACGCCUGGGACACACCCGUGCGACAGACCAAACACAGCCAGACCAGCCUCGAGGCCCUGGACCGGUGCGGAACGGGAUCCGCAGCCGCGGCUGCCGCGCCCGCGAAGAGCGUCGCCACGACAGCUGCUGUGACGCAGACCACCGCAGCGGCGACUGUCGCAGCUUCCGCGCCGGCCGGCGACAGCGGCGGAAGCAACAGGAGGUGCUGCAGCUGCCGCUGCCACGAGCCAAAGCCCGCGGAGAUUAAGGCGCCAGCGCCGGCACCAGCGGUCACCUUCGCACCGCCGUCGGGUCCGAGCACGUCGGGGGCGCCUCCUCCGCCACCGCCGCCACCGCUGCCGGCUGCACCGCCGCCUCCGACGGCGCCUCCGCCGUCGGAACCGGCGCCGUGCCUGGUGCAGUCGUGGCCGCAACCGGGAAGCAAGAUGCGCACGCUCAACUGGAGCAAGAUACCCGCGCACAAGGUGCUUGCCGGCGGCCGCAAGAGCCUGUGGCGGCGCAUCGCCGAAAGCCACACCGGAGGCGAGUCACCGCUGGACUUCGCGCACCUCGAGGGCCUCUUUUGCCAGCACCAGCCGUCGCAGCCGGCUACUUCGGCACACGCCACGGGCUCUGUCGGAGGCGGCCUCAGCUCUGGCGGGGCAGGCGGCGGAGCGGGCAGCGGCAGCGAAGCGGGCGGUCGCGGCCCACGUGACCCUGCGUCCGGCCGUUCGGGAGACGAGGCACCGCUCAGGAUACUCGACGCACAGAGGAGCCUGCAGGUGGGCAUCUUUCUGAAGCAACUACGCGGCCAGGCGGACGAGGCGCAGCUCCUCGAGAUUCUGGGCCGCGGAGGAGGCGGCGCGGACAGCCUGGGCGCCGAGAAGCUGCGCGCGCUGCAGGCGCUGCUGCCGGCGCCCGAGUCGGCGACCGCGCUCGAGACGGCGCUGCUCGAGCGGGAGCCGGGACAGCUGGCGCCGCCCGAGGCCUUCCUCGCGAGGAUCCUGCGCCUCCCAGACUAUCGACUACGCGUGGAAAGCCUGCUUCUCCAAGAGGAACUCCCCACGAUCGUCGCCUCACUCGAGACAUCCAUGACUUGCCUCAGAAAUGCUGCCAAAGAAAUACAAGACUGUAAAGCCCUGCAUGAAGUCCUCUACAUGAUUCUGGUGGCGGGAAACUUCCUCAAUUCGGGAGGAUACGCUGGCAACGCGGCUGGCUUCCAGGUGAUGUCGCUGCUUAAGGUGGCCGAGCUGCGCUCCAACCGACCUGGCGUGGGGCUACUUCACUACGUGGCACAGGAGGCCGAGCGCGUGCAAGUCCUGGGCCAGCAGGGCUUCGACUCGGUGCUGCCGUCGCUGGAGGCGGCCAGUCGCGUGUCGGCCGACCAGGUGCGAGCCGACGUUUCGGCGCUCGCCGAGCGCCUGGCCCGGCUGCAGGGGGACGCGUCGAGGGCGGCCGGCCGCCCCUCGUCCCGCGACGAGGCCUUCCUGGUGCGCACGCGAGCGCUGCUCGAGCUCGCCCAGCGGGAGCUCGAGCGCCUCCGGCGAGGCCUGCGCACCCUGGAGCAGGCGCGAAACGACCUCGCCGCCUUCUUCUGCGAGGAUCCGGCCAGCUUCCAGCUGGAAGAGUGCUGCGGCGUCAUCGCCACCUUCUGGAGGAGCUUCAGAGCCGCCGACCAGGAGAACCGCAGGCGUUCCAUCGCCGAACCGGACGGGGGCCAGCCUCGAAGUCUCGGGGACUUGCCGCGACUUCGCACCACGGACGAGCGUGGUUUCACGACCAGCGCCAGCUCCCCGGACGCGAGCCCCUCGAACAGCCUGCGCCGCAGCUUCCGCCGCAGUCGGCCUUCGUCAUCCGAGAUGGCCAGCGACGACCAGCUGUUCGACUUCCUCCGUCACGGCUCGGACCGGGAAGACUCGCUCGGGCGACGGGCGUCGCGCCGGGAAGCGAGACGGCGCUGGGCGGCGGACCUCUCGGAGGACUCGACGUCUCGUGAGCGAGUGCCUUCGCGAGAGAAAGAGCACGCGCCUUCGACGACAACGCCUCGCGAGCCGGCUGCCAGCUCUUCCCCGGCCGCCGACACGCCCUCGUACGCCCCGAGGCGCACAUUGGUCAAGCUCCCUUCCACAACGGCUACAGACCUCACGACGACAACGACGCCAUUGAACGCGUUUCCUAAGAGUGCAUCUCGAUGCGAGGCGUCAAGCAAGCCUGCAACACUGUCGCCGCCACCGCCAACAUCUGCGAUCAGUGCGUCAACAAUCGACGCACCCGAAGCAACAACUCCAGUUGACUUCUCCCGCCGGACGGCGACACAUAUUCGGAGAAUCACUCCACCGUCGUCGAUGCCGACAGUUCCCGCAGUGCCGACGGCCACUCCGACGGCACAGGUCAGCUUUGUCCACAGCAGCAGCCCACCCCGAAGGAGCGCUUUGCCGUCGCCUACGCCGACCUCCCCUCAACCUAUGAACUUGACGACGCCACCGGCAACACCUCGCGUCGUUUCUACCGCGGUCCCCACUCCUCCGCCGCAAAGUAACGGCUUGCCGUCACCACCGCCUAGAAUAACACCACCGCCUCCACGGGUGUCACCGCCUCCACGGGUGUCACCGCCUCCACUGGUGACAUCACCUCCACGGCUAACCCCACCAUGCCGGGUCACAGCACCUCCUUCCGUAACAACACCUCGGAUGACAUCACCCCCCAGGGCGACACCGCCGCCUCAAGCAACUCCGCCGUCCAUGGUGAACUUGCAAUCACCUCCUCCGUUGCCAGCGACUCCGCCGGCUCUUCCAAGCAGCCUGUCUCCAUCGACGACAACACCCGAGAGAAGGGAAGGCUGGCCUCGAAGCGCCAUACCCACAAUGCCCGGAAGCACCGUGCUCAAGAGGGGCUCAAGAGUGUCUCAAUCGGAGAAGCCUUUCAUGAGGGCCACCUCAGCCUGGACUGCGAGGUCGGGACCAUUGCCUGCUGUCAAUGGAAGCGCGCAGUCGCCGCCAUUCGGGUCAUCCCUACCGCUGAUCACGCCCCCAUCUCCUCUCUUUGGAACACACUCUGCAAAUGUUGCUCUGCAGCGUCGGAUACCUUUACAGCCGCUUCACGACCGAUCGGUCGGACAGCGCCCGACGAGAACGAAGACACCGUUGGAGAACCAGCAUAUAGCAGGUUCGCGGUGGCGCAGUUCAAGGACGGGCAUGAGUCCACUGUGAUUGAGUACCUAUGAACUGAGCAGCGACGCAUUAUUUCGCACCACCCGGUUUAUCUGUAGGUCCACUAGGGCUGUAGCAUCAGCUAGGAUCAUCCGGUACUGGUCGUCGCCAUUAGAGCUAUUUACGAAGACAAAGCAUCCGCUUUUGUCGUGGCUAUGGUGCUUUUUUCGUGGCAAAAGAAGGAAAAGCAAUGAACCAAACCGCUCAGUUAUAUAUAUAGCACCAUAAGGAGUGUCUGAGGAACGAGAUAACAGUGAAGGAAAAUGGACUUCUACAGAGCCAAGGCUUCGUAUACUGCAUGCGCAUGCGCCAAAUUUACAAAGUACCAAGUUUUUUUAAAACAAAAUGAUUACACCAGUAGCAUUUACGCGAGCAAUAAAAGGAUGAUUCAUGGAAGGUAAAAUCGUCAUCCACCCGACAGAGCAAACAGCCAUGUCAGUUGCCCAGGAAAAAAAACUUCGCAGUUGAAAAAAAUUUCGUCCUGGUGCCAGCUGGAACGAGCUUUUCUUAACUGAGAAGCUUUCUUUUUUUUUUUGAGAAACUUGUAUGAGUUUUCUUGGUAAGCUCGAGAGAGUGACAAGUUUCUCUUCCGUGAAAAUUCCUCCAGCUUACCUAAGUGCCGCGGAACUGACUUUGCCAAGAUGUCUCCCUUCCGCUCUCUCUCUUUUUAUCUCCCCUACUUCUACUCCCACUGCAGGGCAGCCAACCGGAACGACCUCUGGUUAACCUUCUUGUUUUUCUAUGCAUCCUUUCUCUCUCUCUCUCUCUCUCUCGCCAUGAUAACGAUUCGCGUACAGUGCAUUUAAGCUCGCUGAUUUUAGCGUCAGAACAAAUAUGUAUACUAAGCACUUAUGCUGAAUUUCGUGGCGUAUAUUAGCAAUAAUAUAUAGCCGACCUUUCUAAAUGGGUGAAUAUAUACUCUUUACACCGUCCGACAGAGAUGGAGCUUCUGUUGCUUCAAAAACAUUUCCAGCUCUUCUAGUGGAAGUCUGCAAUAGAUGAAGUAACGAAAUUUGUGCUACAAGAAGCUUUGAAACUACUUAAUCAAUUAUCUAUCUUGACUCUUACCUUUUUUAUGACGCUUAAGUUACCUGGAAAUAAAGGGGGGAAAUAAGAAAGCCUCUGCGAAACAGAAGUGACAUGUAAUGCGUCUUUCACCUGCAUUAGUGUAAGCUAGUCCGGAUUAUUCCGCAUACACUAAGAACAAUGCAUCGUGCCAAGUUCAUUUGUUUGACAGUUGAACUCAACCUUUCACAUUUGCCUUACGCUGCGGGGUCGAAAAUGCUGAACAUGUGCCAAAAUAAAAUGUCCCGUGUUGUUUCUGGA